AGCAAAGUAGCAUGGCGGCGGAUAUAAUGAACGACGUGGAGCCUACCAGUGCCCUGCUUCCUACGCAGCCAUCAACCCGAAACGGCCCACCCUCAGAUUCCCCUCCUUCUGCUGGUAAACUAUCGCCUUUCUCUUCUGCUUUGGUUCCCAUUCCCCGCAACCAUAUCGAUAGUGGAGAUGCAGAGGGUGACUGCGAUACGGCACAGUAUAUCAUAAACUGCUUGCAUUACAAUAUGGCUAUCGAUCCUUCCGUCGUCAUCACCCUGCGCACCCGCUGGGCAACCAUGCAGCCGACCAAAAGCUUCUGCGAAGGAUCUCUCCUACCCCUGGCAGGUAUUCUGGAUCGCAACAAAUUCAUCCGCCGCCUGCAUUUAAGUGGCGCCGGCGUCACAAACGUGAAAGCCACAGCUGGUAAUGGAGACAGCAACGCCCGUAUUUUGCAUCAAGUCCUGCUCAGCAACGACUCCAUCAAUAUUCUCGAUAUUAGCAACACGGGCAUAGAUGACUCUGGCCUAGCCGAGGUCUGUCAGGGCAUGGCCGUUAAUUCCGCUGUCACCACUUUGAAUGUGGCGCGAAAUUGUUUCUCAGCCCAAGGCGCUUUGAUGCUGGAAGAUAUGCUGCAGAAAAACACGCGCCUCAAAUACCUGGAUGUCUCUAGGAACGCCCUGGGCUUCAAGUGUAUCAACAGGUUGCAGUGCUGCGCCAAACUCAGAAACGUGGAGAUGAGAGUGGAAGGUAAGUCUUGCUGGACGGCGAGCGAGCGAGGGAGGUUGAGAAGCGAUAGGGCCUGCACGGCGGAGCGCCUGUCGUGGGUCGACAACGGCCUGGAGCUUGCCUGCGCCCUUGCGAGACUUUUCCGCGAUCACAUGCAUGGUGCCGACGAACCUGCUCCGAAGUGCAAUUACGUCUUUGAAGAGAUCCUGAACAGCCUCACGCACGGUCUCGGCUUCAUCGCAUCUGUGGUCGGCACCCUCCUCCUCAUGUCAGCGGCGUCGGCGCCAGGAACCACGCCUUAUCACUGGUGGAGCUGUCUCCUUUUCUCGCUCUCCUUGAUGAUGCUCUACAUCUCCUCCUCCCUGUACCACUCAUUCUUUAUGCUCCCUCACGCGAAAGACGUGCUUCAAAUUCUCGAUCAUGUGGGAAUCUACCUUCUUAUCGCCGGUUCCUACUCCCCUAUCAUGAUGAUUGCUCUGCAUCACAGUCAUCGAGCCAACCUCCUCCUCCUCUUGGAAUGGCUGACUGCAUUCGGUGGAAUCUGCGUCUCCAUCGCGUCCUCCGGCGUGGGAGUGUCAAACCAAGCCACUAACCUUGUGGAAGUUUUUAUUUUCCUAGGGAUGGGUUGUGCGGCGUUUGGGAUCUGGGAUGACCUGGUGGCGAAUCUACCGGCAACCGCUCUCUACCUCCUUGUCGGAGGGGGCAUGGCCUACAUUAUUGGGGUUGUUUUCUUCAUCUUGGGCGAGAUCAAACCGAUCUAUCACAUGGUGUGGCACAUGUUUGUGAUGCUUGGGAGUUUGCUGCAUUGGUUGUGCGUGUAUCACUUCGUGGUUGGCAUGGGUCUGGUUGCUACUCAGCAAAGAUGACAGAGACAUGGAGCUCAGGGAGGAUGCAGAAGGGUGCCAGCAUGGUACGAUGCGAUUUCGAGUUUGCACAGCGGAUGCAUGCCAUCGUAGCGUCCAUGGUGGUAAUACUUCUUCUUGCGAUGACUUAGACACAUCUGAUAUGAGCAGCGAUUCACGAUUCAGCAAGCUUCCCAAAAAAAAAGUAAGCUUUAUAUAGAAUAUGUCGUGUUAACACACCUGGG